ACGCUCUCGGCGGGCGCGGCGCGUGCGCGGUGGCGCGGCGGUGGCCAUGAAGGUGGCGGUGGCCGGGUGCUGCCAUGGCGCCCUGGACAAGCUGUACGAGACGCUGGAGCUGCUGCAGCGGCGGCACGGCGUGCGGCCCGACCUGCUGCUCUGCUGCGGCGACUUCCAGGCUGUGCGCAACGAGGCGGACCUGCGCUGCAUGGCCGUGCCCGCCAAGUACCGCCACAUGCAGAGCUUCUAUCGGUACUACUCCGGCGAGAAGAAGGCCCCGGUCCUCACCGUGUUCAUCGGCGGCAACCACGAGGCUUCCAACCACUUGCAGGAGCUGCCCUACGGCGGCUGGGUGGCGCCCAACAUCUACUACCUCGGUUACGCGGGCGUCGUGCGGUUCCGCGGCGUGAGGAUCGGCGGCAUCUCGGGCAUCUUCAAGUCUCACGACUACCGGAAAGGUCACUUUGAAUGUCCACCGUACAACCAGCAAACAAUUAGAAGUGCUUACCAUGUGAGGAACAUCGAGGUCUUCAAACUCAAGCAGUUAAAGCGCCCAAUGGACAUAUUUAUGUCACACGACUGGCCAAGGAGCAUAUAUCACUACGGAAACAAGAAGCAGCUUCUUAAAAUGAAAUCCUUCUUCCGUCAAGAAGUGGAGAGCAACACAUUAGGAAGCCCUGCUGCCUCAGAGCUUCUGCAGCACCUGAAACCCAGUUAUUGGUUCUCAGCACAUCUCCACGUUAAGUUUGCAGCUUUCAUGCAACACCAGACAAACUCCAAAGAAGAGCUACCAAAAGCAACAAAGUUUUUGGCUUUGGAUAAAUGUCUGCCUCACAGAGACUUCCUGCAGAUAAUAGAUGUAGAGCAUGAUCCUACUGCAGGUGACUCGCUGGAGUACGAUGCUGAGUGGAUUGCAGUCCUUAAGGCCACCAACAGUCUCAUUAAUGUGACUCAGAGCACGUGGAAUAUGCCUGAAAAUAAUGGCCUCCAUGCAAAGUGGGAUUACAGUGUAACAGAAGAAGCCAUCAAGGAGGUGUUAGAAGAGCUGAAUCAUAACCUCAAAAUUCCUUGCAACUUCACCUUGACAGCUGCUUGUUACGAUCCCACCAAGCCCCAGAAAAACAUGGAACCAGUUCAUACCAUCAAUCCACAGACCACUGAGUUCUGUGCCCAGUUUGGCCUCACUGACAUCAAUGAUAGGAUCCAGCAAGUUAAAGAAGAGGGCUCAGUACGAGAAUAUGAGGAGGAGGAGGAAGAGGAAGAGAUGGACAGUACUGGGUCAGCAGAGGAACCCAGUGAAUAUAAUACAGAUAAUUCUGGACUUUCAUCCAUUAAUCCUGAUGAAAUAAUGCUGGAUGAUGAAGGAGGUGAUGAAGACUUGAGUACGUGUUCUGUCGAUCCAUCCCCUGAUCAUCCUCCUGAGUUUUCUGCAAGUUUUUCUGACAUCAGGAUCAUGCCAGAUUCCAUGGCAGUAUCAUCUGACGAUGCUAUGGACUCCAACAAUGAGGAACUGGAGAAAUCUAGUGUGAGUAAGGAGGCAGAAGAGAAGAGCUUGAAUGAGAGACCUUUAAAGCGCAUUGGUGGUAAUGAAAAUGGGAACACGGGCAUUAAAAAAAUCAAGAGACGGAAUCAAGCCAUCUAUGCUGCAGAGGAUGAAGAUAAAACAGAGUAACACUUCAUAUGUUGCAUAACUAAAUUCUCUCCCUACCCCUUUAUGCAGAGGUGGUGAGAACUAUGGUGAACUACUCAUGCUUUUAACAUUAUUUGAUCUUAUUCAUGCUGCUUUCUUGAGGUGAAGAGGCUCUACAUACCUCUUUCAGGGAAGAAUAUUUAGCUUGAUUAAACAUCUAAGCCAGAAGCAAAAUUUUGCAACAAAGUGCUUUGUCAAAGGACUUAAAGCCCAUGUAUAAUCAGUUGAUUUUGCUUCUGCUCUUGGUUAUGAGUGUAUAUAUACUAUGUAUCUUGAGCUGUACUGCUAUUCAAGAAUCACCGUGCUGGUUCAACAGGAAAAGAACUCUUAAACUAUAAUUCAAGUCAAAGUGAGAGGAUGCCUGACACAUGAGACUGAACUAUUUGAUUUUAUUGCUUUUGUCUUGUUUUAUACUGAACUUUUAAUACAAAGUAGCAUAUGCAAUAACUGCGUGAACUAAAUUUGAAAGUAGAAUUCCCAGGAUAACCAAACAGCAAUAGAGGAGUGAGGAUUUUUGUUUCUGCUGACAUUCAUACCAUAGAAAAGCUUCGUGGUCAUAAACAAAACAAUGUGCAUUGUCUAGUAUUGGCUUUUAAUUACUGUUUUGGUACAGAACCAAGUCCCUUAAUUUAAGGCACGACAGUUUUAUGUGGACCAUGCAAGCAAACAUCUCUGUUCUUAAAAACUCACUUGUGUGCUGUUUCUUAGAAGUUGAGAACCAUAUUGUAAAAUUAAAACGCAUCUGUUUAGGGUGAAUGGCUUUCUAAAUGUGGACAUCAUUGUCUCAAUUCUCACUAAUUAAGGCUGUGUUGUAUUUUCAUGCAAGGUGACUGAUGCUUCAGACAGCAACGCUUACCAUUAUCUUUAGCCUACGUUUUCACCUGACACUUCUUUUCAGUAGGAUGUAAAUUCCUAAUUCUUACAGCUUGGUCUGGAAUCUUCCAAAACACCUUCAUAGACUUGACCUAUGGCUGGGCAGCUCCUGUUCUCCUUUAGAUCUUCUUGGAAGUUUUCUUUUUAUUCUUCUUACUCUCCUUCAGUUUUCCCUGAAUUAGCAAACAUAUCAUGCUCCUUUUGGUAUGGAAGGCUGUGAGGAUAACAAAACUUACCGAAUUAAUGAAAACAAGUGUUUUCAAGUACGAUGGCAUACCAUUAGACUUGUUAGCCUUACAGUCAGCUUCUGCUGGUGUUCUGUGCUGAGCUUUCAGAAUCAGAGAAGGAAUUCCUCAUGACUGUGCCACCCUUGAGAUGAGCAGUAGUUCCAGUGUGCUUUUACUCAUCUAAGGCCCGAGCUCUAUGGAGAAGAAAGCAUUCCUUCAGGAGAAGAGAACUGGACAGGGAGCCAUGAGUAAAAAUAGACUGGUGAGUUGUAGCCGGGAAAUGCUUCAACUUCUGUCUUAAAAUCAGUCAAAUUCUGGGAUUCAUCUUGUGAUCUUGGUUUCUUGCCUGCCAGCAGGUCACUAUGCAAACUAAAUGCAUAUAAGUAUUUAAGAACUGGCAAAUGUCAAAAAUAAUGCUCUCCACAGUUCUGAUUAACAGCUUUGUAUUGGUGUGCUGAUACCAUUAACAUCCCGGGUUUCUUUUUUUCCAGAGGACAGUAUUUUGUUUACUAAAUGAUUAGUUGGACCCUAUUAAUGUUCCUGUAUCUCUCUGUGCCUGCUCAUCUGUCAGAAAACCCACCGAAGUGAUCUGUGGUAAGAUGUGAUAAAGAACUGGGAGAGUUUGCUGUAACCCUCAGGUUAUCUAAAGCAGCUGUUAAAGUUGCCUAGGUUACUGAAAAGCGUUCAGUACCUUUAAGGGUCUUGGCUCUGCAAUGUUAAAACCUUAAUCAUGCCUGCAUUUCCUCGUGAUCUGAAGACUAUCAUGGUAAUAAAGUAUUUCCUCUGUACCAUCAAAAAGAUGUGAUUUUAAGUACAAAAUAUGGUAUGAUCUUGAAAAGUCACUGAAGAAAUUGUGUGGUGUUCAGCUGUCAAAUUCUAUGUGGCGUGGAUGAUGUAGGUUACACUUAAUGGAUGCUUUUGUCUAAUUUCAUGUUUUUAAAGCGAAUUGUUUUGUUGUGUCUUCUACUUUAUGAUAAAUGUGUUUUGGCUUUCUAGAAAGGAGACUACCAAGAUGGAAUACUGAUUUUUAGAAUCUUUAGAGUUUUUUUUUUUUUUUAAUGAAGAAUGUCAGCAUCCAUUGAGUGGAGUGCAGAUGUAAAUAUACUUUUUUUGAGUCUGAA